UGAAUGUGGGUUAAAAGUGUUUGAGAACGAAUAAUGUGAGUCGACGAGUCGAUGGACUCGGCAACGGUUGUGUGGUGAGAGGUGAAUAAUUCUUGUGCUUUGGUUUAGUGACAUAGUCCGAAAAAAAAAACAUAUUCCACUCAUUUAUGGAUUUGAAAAGUUAGAAAAAUAUUCGAGCCUCAGGAUGUUUAUCGGUCCUUUGGCCUUCCUCUUCGUCUUCUUCCUGCCUCGCAUCUCAGGUCAUGGCCGUCUCAUCGACCCACCAAGUCGAGCCUCGGCUUGGCGUUAUGGUUUCGAUACGCCACACAAUUACAACGACCACGAACUCUUCUGUGGAGGCUUUACGAGGCAAUGGGUGAAGAAUGAGGGCAAAUGCGGCGUCUGCGGAGACGCCUGGGACACCAAGGUCCCCCGCGCGCACGAGUUCGGGGGUACCUACGGACAAGGCAUCAUCGUGCGCAAAUACACCGCUGGAGGUAUAAUCAACAUCCGUGUGGAGCUCACCGCCAACCACUUCGGCUACUUCACUUUCGCCGUCUGUCCCGAUUACAAACGCGCCACUCAAAAAUGCCUCGACAAGCACAUCCUCAAACUGGUCAAACCCCAAGAGGGCGUCGACCACGACCACGCCACUCGCUACUACCCCAAAGAGGGCAACAAAGUCUACGAAAUGAAAUAUCGGCUCCCGAAACAAACCUGCGAACACUGUUUGUUCCAGUGGCGUUACAUCGCCGGCAACAACUGGGGGAAUUGCCCCAAUGGGACCGGCGCUGUUGGCUGUGGCCCCCAGGAGGAGUUCCGGGCCUGUGCCGACAUUACCAUUUCCGGGAAGGACGUCCAAGCAAUGAUUCCCGAUCAGGAGGAAACUACAGAAGUGGCGACAACGGUGGCGCCACCUACGUCACAAGACUCACAUAGCCCCCUCACGGCGCUUAUCCUCAGUCUGGUUUCUUUUUUAGUCGUGUUUUUGAUUUUGUCCCUUUUAUAUAUUCAUUUCUACCAAGUUGGUAGACAGUUAAAGAGUUGGUUGAAAGGGGACAAAGAACAAGCGCCACUACCACCACCUAGGAGCAAAAGGAAUCGGAAUAUGGAUGGAAUGGAUGAGGUUGACUUGAAAGUUGAAAGUUUGGCCUGAAUUAUUCAAGUUGGUGGGACUGAUUGCAAUAAGUUUUUUUGUAAAUAAAGUUUUAAAAAAUAAUAAUUUAUUAAAAAAUGAA